ACGGUCCCCAACGAUGAUGAUUCCCCCCGGCUGUCUGACAUUUCUUUGAGCAGAAAUCUGGGAUCCCUGGAGCUGGAAAGACUGUGUUAUGCUCCGUCGCCAUCGAUUAUCUAGCACAAUUGUUUGCAAAUCCUAGCUGGUCUUCUGAGGCAGCUGUCACAAGAAGUGACAAACAUGCCACAGACUUGGAAUGUGUCCAAAGAGUACGGGAGGCUGCAAUGGAUUCAAUAUGAAUUCAGAGCCCUCAUUUUGCGCUUCAAGAAGACCUUUAUCAUCCUCGAUGCUUUGGAUGAAUGCUCCAGUACUGAGGGUACCCUUCGAGAAUCAUUGGGUUUUCUUUUCAGUCUCCAACGGAGCGCAAACGUCAAUAUUCUGGCGACUUCGCGGUUUAGCGAAGAAACUGCAAGCCUUUUUGCAAAUGGAGGGGUAAUACUGGAGAUUCAAGCCACUGACGACGACGUCCGAGCAUAUAUUGACCACCGAGCGGCAUAUUUCCCGCCUUUUGUGGCCAAAAAACCCGGCCUGUUAACAUAUAUUCGGGAUGAGAUUGCAAAAUCAUCAAGGGGAAUGUUUUUACUCGCCAAAUUGUACGUCAACUUGUUGCAAGGCGAGAUCAAUGAGAAGCGAAUUCGGAAGGUGAUAGAGCGAUUCCAGAAUGGCUCUGGAGCGUAUGAUGACGCUUAUGACGAGACAAUGAAGAGAAUCGAGAGCCAAGGGCAGUAUGCUCAAGAGAUUGCCAAAACCAUAUUUGGGUGGAUAUUGUUUUCCACGCGCGAACUCUCUAUCCCUGAGAUCCAACACGCUCUUGCUAUUGAAAUAGGAAACUGCGAAUUCGACGACACAAACAUCACUGACGUCGAACAGCUGGUGUCCAUAUGCAUUGGGUUGGUUACAAUUGACGAGUCCAACUCGCUCAAGUUUGUUCACUAUACCACCAAAGAAUACUUUGAGCGGAAAUUGGAGCUGUGGUUUCCAGAUAUUCACCGUGUUCUCUCUAACACUUGCCUUACAUAUAUGUCUUUGGAUGCUUUUAACCAGGGACCCUGUACGACUGAAUUUGGCCUGAAUGAUCGACUCACCGAGUACCCAUUCUACAAAUACUCGGCUCAAAACUGGGUCCACCAUUACCGAAAGCAUCCUGGAGACGGAUCCAUGACCAUGGAGUUUCUGGCCGCCGAGGGCAAAGUGCUUGCAACCUCCCAAGCUAUAUUCGGCUUCUCGGUCGACCUCAGCUUGGUGGAAGAGCCUAGGACACUCAGUCCUAUAUCCAAGACGAGGUCGCAAGAUCCAGUCAUCAACAUGAAGGAGCCACUGACAGGUGCUCAUCUAGCAGCAUUUUUUGGUCUAACGAGUCCCCCAGCAUCCAUGGUGGAUUCGGACAUGAUCAGGGUUGAUAUCGAGGACCAUGCGGGACGCACGCCCUUGUCCUGGGCUGUUGCAUACGGGCACGAGGAGCUUUGCAAUAUGCUUCUUCAGAGAGGCGCCAAUCCUGAUACCAUGAACCACUUCGGGUUUACCCCUUUGUUCUACGCGGCAGUCAGCGGCAGAGUGGGAAUUAUGCAAAGUCUGAUCCAGGCAGGUGCCCAAGUCGAUACAGUAGAUCAAAAUGGCAGGACGCCACUGUUCCAUGCGGUUGCUGGUGACUCACCUCACCUGAUGUCUCUUGCCGUCGAGGGUGACUGUCUGGCCUCUGUCAAACUCUUGCUUAAUCACGGGGCAUCUGCUACGCCGGUAGAUAAUUUUGGCCAAACGCCGCUUUUCGCAGCUGCAAGCAAGGGACGAGAAUCAGUGGUUAAGCUUCUCAUUGAAAAAAAUGCUCAUCUGUACUAUGCGACAUCUUCUCAUUCAGGCGCAUUGGACCCUUUGGCUUAUGCCGCCAUGAAUGGCUAUGCGACCACAGCAAAAAUGCUUUUCGACGCUGGAGCCCACUCAGUAUCUGCUCACCGUGGAGACGAUGCACCAUCAUAUGUGACACUGGCCAAUCUUUUAAAGGCUAGGUCAGAAGGCCGUGAUGAUAUCUUUCGAAAUCUAAAGGACGAAGGUGCUGACCUCAACAUCCGCGAUUCCCGCCACCGUCUACCUCUGCACUGGGCAGCACUGAAUGGUGACGACAAUCUGGUCAAAUGUCUUCUAGCGAAUGGUGCUGACGUCAAUGCUAGAGAAGCAUUUGGCCGAACACCCUUAUUUUACGCCAUUUUUGGGCGCCGGCUUUCUCCGACUCUACUUUUGCUCGACCAUCUGGGUAUUGAUUUUCAAGGGACGGAUAUAUUUGGCGAUACUCCACUCAUACAAUCAUACAAGAGACAGGAUCAAGAGAAUCAGUGGAAAUUGCACAAUCUAUUGAAAAUAAAGAGCGGAGAUUAUGAAGGUCUCUUCUUAUUCAACACAAGCUUUCUCAGUACCAUCCAGACGCCGCUGGCUGCCAUUUGCGAUGCAUGCUGUCAACCCGCUAUAUGUUCAUUCUCUUGCACAAAUUGCACUUCUACCAUGCCACCGGGCCCGUAUGCUAAGAGCCGUAUGGUGAAAUAUUGCGAGUAUUGUAUUUCGGAAAAGGGGCCACACCCAUGCCCGUUGUGUGGCCACACGCUCGAGGAGCAUGGACUCUCCAAAAUGCGUUCGAGCAAACUGGAUUGGCAAAUGCGUCCAAGUCAAAAAAACCAAUAGUAUCCGAACAGGCCAAGAGUCCUCUCUCAAUUCUCACGCCGGGGCUAUUCCCGGCAAUGGCGGGCCAAGGCUGGAUGGACUCUGAACGACCAUUUUUCUACAGGGGAAA